CCCACAGGCUGCGCCGAAGCCGAGGGGAGCGCGGCCCGGACAGGCUGCGCCCACGGAACCCACCCGUGGCUGCAGACCCGGGCCCCGACCCACGACCCCCGCGCUGCCGCGAGUGCGAGCACGUCGGCGCCGCGGCGACUCGCGUCCCGUGGCGGAGGGCGGUUUGCGCACGCGCAGGGCAUGCAGACUGGCGUGCGGGCUCGCCGAGCUCCCGCGUUGCCGUGGAAACCACCUGCCCGCUCGCGCCCGCUCAAGAUGGCGAAAGACCUGGAUGCGCUCCUGGAUGAAGUCGAGAGCAAAUUCUGCAGCCCCGACCCCCUGAGGCUGGGCCUGGGCGAGCGGCCCCCUAGCGGCGACCGGAACGGAGCCGAGGAGGAGGAGGAGGAUCCCAGGUCAGCAGAAACAUGUCAAAAAGAAGAUGACCUUGACAGUCUUAUUAAUGAGAUAUUUGAGGAGCCAAACUUUGAGAAAAAACCUUUUCAAAAAUUUAAAUCUAAAUCUUCAAGUAACACAUCUGUCAGAGCUUCCGUUCAAGGCCUCAGUAAGAGUUGCAGUCCGGUGUAUCUCAGUGGAAGCGCCAUUCCAUGUGGGAUUGGAACAAACACCUCGCCGAGAGCAUGUGACCAGCUGCGUUGUAUAGCCUGUGAUUUCCGGAUAGUGAGCUACAAUGACUAUAUGUGGGACAAAUCAUGUGAUUACCUGUUCUUCAGGAACAACAUGCCGGAAUUCCACAAACUGAAAGCAAAGUUGGUCCAGAAGAAAGGAGCCCGGGCAUAUGCUUGCCAGUGUAGCUGGAGGACUGUUGAGGAGCUGACGGACCUGCAGACAGAGCAUCAGCUCCGCUGGGUGUGUGGUAAACACUGAGGGCGCAGGCCGUCCACCUUCCGACAGCGGCAUUUCUGAGAGCACGCUCUGCUCACCAGAAAAUAAUGUCCCGGGACACCAGGACACCGGGACAGUACUCCUUUUGGCACAGGCGUCUUACUUAGUAGGUUAAAAUAUCUGAAUUUACUAGCCUGUCUCCUGCUAGAGAUUUAAAUUGUGGCAGUUUGUGCAAAUUUACAGCCUUUCCAUCGCAGCUGCAGCAGUGGCUGCUCACGCUCUCUAGCGCAUUCUCGUGUGUCGUGGCUGACAGACACCCGCUGGCCAGGGCAGAGAGGUCACUGUCGCACGUGCCCAUGGUUUCUGCUCUUACCAUGAGUUCAACCUGAGAGAGAAGAGAUGGCCACUGGUGCGCUGAGGGUUGUCGAGGGUGCAGUGUGUUGUGAACCCCCGCCCACCGUAUAUGUGCCUCAUGGUGUCUCUCACUCAGUUCAGUAUUAUGCACAAUAGUGACAAUAAUAGUAACAUCUCCAUUGUAGUAUAGUUCCCUCCUGUGCUCAUUGAAAUAUCAAGUUAGUUUUAUAUUAGUAAAUAUCUAUUUAUAUAUAAAAGGUUUUCGGUGUAUCUAAAAUGACUAAAGUCCUUCAAAUAAGUAGGACUGUUGUUGGGUUGGGUUUUUCAAUUAAACUCCAUAAUUCCAUCACAUAAACAGCAACCUUUUCAGGCAACUGUGGACUUUUCUAGUACGAUCAGGUUGAUACAUCAUUAUUGAAGCAUAGCUAACCAGUGGUAGCCUGUUGGGCUCCUGCCUGGCCACACCAAGAGGGGAGGAACUGUGUCACCACAACAUGUUCAAGAAAUGCAGUAUCUCUGCUUUGUUCCCAGUCUGCCAAAAUUCUACUGUGUGCCUGCUCCCCGUGUGCCUGUCUGGUGUAGGUGUGUGACACAGGGCGCUCUGAAGGAUCCUACUGUGUGUCUGUUAUCUGGUGUAGGUGUGUGACACAGGGCGCUCUGAAGGAUCCUACUGUGUGUCUGUUAUCUGGUGUAGGUGUGUGACACAGGGCACUCUGAAGGAUCCUACUGUGUGUCUGUUAUCUGGUGUAGGUGUGUGACACAGGGCACUCUGAAGGAUCCUACUGUGUGUCUGUUAUCUGGUGUAGGUGUGUGACACAGGGCACUCUGAAGGAUGUAAACUGUAGCACAGAUCUGAGCUGCUUGGUUUUAUGUUAGCUCUGUUCCAGCCACCUAGCACCCUCUACGCUAAAAGCCUGUGCCCAGGCUGGGGUCUGGCUCGGUAGAGCACUGGCAAAGCAUGGGCAAGGUCCUAAGUCGUUCCCAGCAGUACAAAACAAGAGAAAGAAAGAAAAGCAAGCUUUUCCUGACUGUGACACACUUAUGCACUUGUAAAUAACUCUAGUUGCAACAAAAGAAAUCUCAAUGGCUGAUGCCCUCAUUUUUGUAUCAAGAUAUAUUUACAAGUUUUAUCUUUAAAUAAAUCUUUUUAUUCCUCAAAAAU